AUGAGUGUGUAUAGUUCGAUACGCUACCCUUUUGCCACCCCAAGAGAGACGAUUAAACCCAUCCGCCCUUCCUUCACUAACGCGUAUGGCCGCAAAAGCCCAAAUUGUUUCCCGCCAUUUUGCUUGGAGUAUGUCGUACUAUUGAAGCCUGUCAUGUCUCAGAUCAUCUAUCGAGCGGAAAAAAUUAUCCUCUUUUGUUCAAAAUUUCCAAGGCCUUUCUUUUCCUUUUUAGUGUUUUGUUUUACCGCCAGUUUUUUACACUUUCUUUUUUUCUUGCUCUAUUUAUGUAAGGCUUUCGUUUGCGCAACGCGUACUCUUCUUUUUCAUCAUCAUCUUUUUCUUCUUCUUUUCUUCUUCUUUUUCUUCUGCUUUUCUUCUUUUCCUUCUACUUCUUUUUCUUCUUUUUCUUUUUCUUCUUUGUCAUCAUCUUUUUUUCUUCCUUUUCUUUUUUCUUUCCUUCUUCUUUCCCGCCAUUUCUUCUUUUUCUUAGUUUUUUCUUCUUAUUUUUCUUCAUUUUUUCUUUUUCUUCCCUCUUCUUCUUUUUCUUCUUUUUCUUUUUCUGUUCCUUCAUCUUUCCUUCUUUUUCUUCUGCUUUUCUUCUUUUUCUUUUUCUUAAUUUUUCUUCUUGUUUUUUCUCCUUUUUUUAUUUUCUUCUUUUUCUCCUUUGUGGCUUUCUUUUUGGUCCCUAAUUGCUCUCUCUCUCUCUCUCUCUCUCUCUCUCUCUCUCUCUCUCUCUCUCUCUCUCUCUCUUUCUCUCUCUUUCUCUUUCCCUCUCUCUCUCUCUCUCUCUCUCUCUCUUGUUCGUCUUAG